CAUUUGCUCCGAUACCCUUUGGCGGGAUUUACCUGCCCUUGGAGGUCCCGGCCAGCAAGUGCCACCGUUCCCCCCUCGUGUUGGCGUACGACCAGGCCCACUUCUCUGCCCUGGUGUCUAUGGAGCAGAAGGAUCCCACCAAAGAGCAAGCUGUGAUCCCGCUGACGGACUCCGAUCACAAGCUGCUCCCCGUCCACUUCGCCGUCGACCCCGGGAAGGACUGGCAGUGGGGCAGAGACGACCAAGAGAACGUGAAAUUGGCAAGCGUGACUCUCUCCCUGGAGGCCAAGCUGCAGCUUCUGCACGCCUACAUGAACCUGAAGUGGAUCACUCUGCCGUGCGAGACGCAGGCGCCCCUGGCGCAGCCGGAAUCCCCAACUGCUGGAGACGAAGCCCGCUCGGCCGGCGACUCGGACAAGGAGUCUGUGUGCAGCAGCUCUGCCAGCAACGGCAGCAAGGAGAAGCCGAAGAAGGAGCGGGACCGAGACAAGGACAAGAAGAGGGCCUACUCGGUGGCCAACAAGCUGGGCAGCUUCGGCAAGACGCUGGGCAGCAAGCUCAAAAACAUGGGGCUGAUGCACAGCCGGGGCGCCCGGGGGAGCAGCGGCGCAGGCAACGGGCAAGGGGAGGCGGGGGAUCCAGCCAGUCCCGCAGAGAAGCUCGGCACGCUAGGGAAGGCGCCCCCCGCCGAGAAGCCGCCGGACGCCUCCGACGUACAACUUACCCUGAGCAUCCUCCGGGCGGCCAUGCAAGGGGAGCGCAAGUUCAUAUUAGCCGGGCAGCUCAAGACCAGCAACCGGCACCAGUACCAGGAGGAGAUGAUCCAGCGGUACCUCUCCGACGCCGAGGACCGCUUUGGAACCAAACAGAAGGAGAUAGCCAAGAGGCUUGACUCUGAGGGCAACCCUCUGAGAGGGGGGGAAGAACAGCCGCUCCCGCCGAACCCCACCUGCUCCCCGGUGCUCUCCCCCUAUUGUGUCCAGAGGCCGGACCUGGCCGCCUUCCCCUCCAGUUACUGGAGGGUCUUCCCCAUCCCCCGUCCGUCCAUGGGCAGCCCUGUGCAGAGCGCCCACCCACCAGCAUACCACGACAGUCGGAGGCAGUUGGCCGGCGGUCCCUGUGCCCCCCUCCCCUCCUAUGCCACCCUUCUCCGGCACAGCCCCCAGGAGCGGCCCCACACUCCCCACGCCCCCCCCUGCAGCCCUUCCUACCUGGGGCUGGCCGGGAGCGCCAACGGCUGCCCCUGCCUCCACCUCCUCCCCCUCUCCCGGACGCCCAUCCCAUCCUCCCAGUCGCCCAGCCCGUCCUCCUAG